CCCUGCCAGGCCCCGCCCCCUUGCUCUUCCCGCCCUCCUAUUGGUUGGCAGGAGAAGGGCGCUGCGCAAAAACAGCUGAACUGGGAGCUGGGAGCUCAGUCACUGGCAGCAGAGAUCAGAGAAGCUGAAGCAGCUCAAUGUGCAAGAAUAAAAGUGUCAGCACUGAGGAGAGUCACUGUGGGAUGUGUGCAAUGUGGAGGCUACAGGAAAUAAAGUGACACUGACCCCAGCUCUUUGAUCCUCUCCAGGCUGUGUGCAGUCUGCUGUAGUGCUGAUGCUUAUCAAUCAUUUAUAGACACCAUGUGCAGUGGAUGUAGCACCUUGUGUCAGCUGGAAAUGACUAUCUUACAGCACUGACCCGGGACUGCUUCCUUGGGAUUUAUCGUUGGCUAAAGACAGAGGAGGAAUAAGGGCUUGUGCUGCUGGUGAAUCCUGAUGAGGGGAGCCAUCGGCUGGAGUGGGUGCCAGGCAUCUGGGUGCCAGGAAUAACACAAGUGCACUUCUCUUCUCACCCAUCUGCUUUUCUUUUCUAUUUUUUGUACCUUGUGAGUGUUCUUCCCUCUUUCUUGGAGAUGAUUGUUUUAUUUCUACUGGUGGGCAUAGUGGAUGGUGUGCUUUCCCAGCUCGCCUACAAGGUGCAGGAGGAGAGGGACUAUGGCACUUUCGUGGGGAAUAUCGCUGAGGAUUUGGGCUUGGACAUUACAAAACUCUCCAGUCGCAGGUUCCAGACUGCCCCCAACUCUAGGAGCCCUUACCUGGAGCUGAACCUGGAGAAUGGAGUGCUGUAUGUCAAGGAGAAAAUAGACAGGGAGCUGAUCUGUAAGCAGAACCCCUCCUGCCUGCUGCACCUGGAGGUCUUCUUGGAGAACCCCUUGGAAUUCUUCCGGGUGGAGAUUGAGGUGCUGGACAUUAAUGACAACCCCCCGAUUUUCCCCGAGACUGAGAUCCAGGUGGAGAUAUCGGAGAGUGCCACCCUGGGCACCCGCUUCCCGCUGGAGAGCGCCUAUGACCCAGACGUUGGCAAUAACUCCCUCCGCACCUAUGAGAUGACCAACAACAGCUUCUUCACCCUGGACGUGCAGACACAGGGCGAUGGCAACAAGUUUGCCGAGCUGGUGCUGAAGAAGCAGCUGGACAGGGAGCAACAAGCACUGCACAGGUACGUGCUGACUGCCAUGGAUGGGGGCAUCCCCCAUAGGACGGGCACUGCCCUCCUCACCAUCAAAGUGCUGGACUCUAAUGACAACGUGCCUGUCUUUGAUCAGCCCGUCUACUCCGUGUUCAUGCCUGAGAACUCGCCCCCUGGCACCUUGGUCAUACAGCUCAAUGCCACCGACGAGGAUGAAGGUCAAAAUGGGGAGGUGGUGUACUCCUUUAGCAGCCACAACUCCCCCCGUGUCCGGGAGAUCUUUAGCAUAGACUCCAGGACGGGUCGCGUGGAGAUCACCGGGGAACUGGACUACGAGGACAGCAACACCUACCAGGUCUACAUCCAAGCCAAAGACCUUGGGCCGAACGCGGUACCGGCGCACUGCAAGGUGAUGGUCAAGGUGCUGGACCUGAACGACAACCCGCCCGAGAUCAGCUUCAGCACCGUCAAAGAGGCCGUGAGCGAGGGCGCCCCCCCGGGCACAGUGGUGGCACUCUUCAGCGUGACCGACAAGGACUCGGAGGAGAACGGGCAGAUCCACUGUGAGAUCCUCGGGGAAGUGCCCUUCCGGCUCAAGUUGUCUUACAAGAACUACUACACCAUUGUGACAGAUGGCAUCCUGGACCGGGAGCUAGUGCCUUCCUAUACCGUGACGGUGCUGGCCAGGGACCGGGGCACCCCUCCCCUCAGCUCCACCAAGUCCAUCCAGGUGCAGGUGGCCGAUGUCAACGAUAACGCCCCCAGGUUCUCCCAGCCGGUGUAUAACGUGUAUGUGACCGAGAACAACGUGCCGGGGGCUUACAUCUCCGCCGUCAGCGCCACCGACAAGGACGAGGAAGAAAACUCUCAUGUGUCCUACCACAUUUUGGAGUGUGACAUCCAGGGCAUGUCCGUCUUCACCUACGUGUCCAUCAACUCGGAGAACGGCUACCUCUACGCCCUGCGCACCUUUGACUACGAGCAGCUGAAGGACUUUAGCUUCAUGGUGGAGGCGAGGGACGGAGGGAGCCCCCCGCUGUCCGCUAACGCUACGGUCAACAUCGUGAUCGUGGACCAGAAUGACAACGCGCCCUCCAUCAUCUCCCCCCACGGCAGGAACGGAACCGCCAAGGAGCUGCUGCCCCGGACCGCAGAGCCCGGCUACCUGUUCACACGAGUGGUGGCUGUGGACCUAGAUGAAGGGGAAAACGCACGCCUAACGUACAGCAUCCUCAGAGGCAAUGACAUGAGCCUGUUCCGUAUGGACUGGAGGACUGGGGAGCUGAGGACAGCCCGAAAAAUCACUAGCAAGAGGGACCCCCAUAGACCCUUCGAGCUGGUGGUGGAGGUUCGGGACCAUGGACAGCCGCCUCUCUCCUCCACUGCCCUCAUUCAGGUAGAGAUCGUGGACGGCACCGUAGAGAAACUCAAUGAGAACCAUCGGUCCAGCAGAUCCAAUGACACAGCCCUAGAUCUCACCCUCAUCCUCAUCAUCGCCCUGGGCUCUGUCUCCUUCAUCUUCCUGUUAGCUAUGAUAGUGCUAGCCAUCAGGUGCCAGAAGGAGAAGAAGCUCAACAUCUACAGCUGCCUGGCCAGUGACUGCUGUGUGUGCUGCUGCUCCUGUUGUAGCAGACAUGCCAGAGCUCGCAAGAAGAAGCUCAGCAAGUCAGACAUCAUGUUGGUGCAAAGCUCUAACGUGCCCAGUGCCACCCAGGUACCAGUGGAGGAGUCUGGUAGCUUCGGCUCUCACCACCAUAACCAGAACUACUGCUACCAGGUCUGCUUAACCCCAGAGUCCGCCAAAACUGACCUUAUGUUCCUCAAGCCCUGCAGCCCUUCCAGAAGCACGGAUACAGAGCACAAUCCUUGUGGGGCUAUAGUGACAGGCUAUGCUGACCAGCAACCUGAUAUCAUCUCCAAUGGUAGCAUCUUGUCCAGUGAGAAUAAACACCAACGCACUGAACUCAGUUAUCUAGUUGACAGACCACGACGGGUAAACAGUUCUGCAUUCCAGGAAGCAGACAUAGUAAGCUCUAAGGAUAGUGGGCACGGAGACAGUGAGCAAGGAGACAGUGAUCAUGACGCCACUAAUCGAGGUCAAUCCUCUGGAGCUGACUUGUUCUCCAACUGUACAGAAGAGUGUAAAGCUCUGGGCCAUUCGGACCGCUGCUGGAUGCCUUCUUUUGUACCCUCCAGUGAUGGCCGCCAAGCGGCAGACUACCGCAGCAAUCUUCAUGUGCCCGGCAUGGACUCUGUUCCGGACACUGAAGUGUUUGAAGCACCUGAGGUGCCUCCGGGAGGGGAGAGAUCCUUUUCUACCUUUGGAAAGGAGAAGGCAUUACAAGGGCUGGCAGGAGUAGGCAAUGGAAAUGGAGGAGGGAAUACACAGGAGAGAAAGGAGCUGGAUGGCCUGCUCUCCGGGACCAGAGCACCUUACAAGCCCCCUUAUCUGACACGGAAAAGGAUAUGCUAGUCAGAUCUACAGGACUUACCUGAAGCAGCAUGAUUUGCACAAGUUGACCAACAAAAGCAUCAACUUUUCAACUUCAUUAUUCUGCCAUCUAGUCUGGUAUAAGAGAAGAAAUAAAAGUCUGCUGCUGAAGGCAUGGCCAAACUAAGGACCUUUCUGCUCUCAGCAGGCCUGAGAAAUGAGUUGAAAUGUGAAGAAGAACUGUUGAAACUGCAGAGGCGAUUGCCCUUGCCUCACUUAUCAGUGUGUGCCUGUUUACAGCACUAUAUAUCUUUCUUUCUCCAAAAGUCACUGAGCCCUUUAGAUGUUUCUAAACACCACAAGAAGCCAAUCGUACAGAUAGAACAUGCAUUAUAAAUGCAAUAUCACCGUUUUAAACUUGACUGUUUUAUAUUUUUUUUUGUGUGAUGAAGUGUUACCCAAAUUAUCCAAACUUUACAAGAGAGAUUGUGAUCAUGUUAUUUUCACCUGUGGGUCAUAAAAGAAAAAAAAAAUGAAAAAAUGUUGUUUAUCUGCAGACCCCUGGAAUAUCAAGGACAUUCUGUAGUUUAUACACCGUGUUGCAAAGUGUUUACUGUACUAUUUCAAAGCUUCUAAAUAAAUAUAAAGUAUAUAUAUAUAUUAUAUAAUUUUCUGAAAAAGUGGUACAAUUUAAUUGAUUUAUAAAUGGAUUCAUACAGCCCACAAGGUAAAAAAAAAAAAUGUAAAACUAAUUCAGGUCCUAAAUUAUUUAUUGUUGAUAUAAUUAUUAAAUAGCAUUUCAUAAUGAUAGAUCUGGACCAAUUCCUGUUCACCCUGUUAAAAAUAAGCUGUAAGCUACAUCAGAUUUGUACGGAACUUUAAAUACCAAAGAUGCAGCUUUCAAGAUUGAGCACUAUGACCUACUAUGGCGUAUUUUGAUCUUCCUUAUUUUAUCCUGUGGAUUUUAAUUUUACAACUUUUAUAAAAAAAAAAGUUUAAAAAGAAAAAAAAAAUGGAAACUGAUCUGUAAAUGUUGUCAAAACAAUACUAGAUAUUCUGUACAGUUUGAAAAUGUAAAAUAUGUACCUGAAGAUUACUAUUUUGAAAGAUUAGCCCCAAAUCAUAUAACUUACACGUAUCUUUCUCUAGCAUAGUUUUGUGGAAACUUGAAUAAUAUAUAUCUUCUAAUCUUGCCUAGAAAUGUUUUUUAAUAGACGAAUCAUGAAACAUAGUGGUUUCCAAUUCAUUUUUUACGCAGCAAGAUUUCAAGUUAGGACCAUUUCACGUUAUUAUUAAACACUUCAAUAUUAUCUGUGUCUAUGAUAAUAUUUUUUUCAUGGUAAAAUUGUAAUAUAUCUAUAUAUAAAUAUAUAUAUGAAGAGUAAUAUGUUUUAUUAAAGAAAAUGAGUGGCUCAUAAGGACAAUCAUUUUAAAUUUAACUUUUACUUCCAUGUCAAAAAAAUUCAAAUCUCAUUAAAAUAUUAAAAUGUUAA